UCUCCUCUCUCCCUCCCUUCACUCGUUUCUUCCUCCUCUCUCCCUCUCAGUUCUGUAAUCCCUAAACCCCCAAAUUUAAACAAUUUUAGAUUCUCUCUCCCUCUCUCUGUCUCUCCUUUCGGCUCGCGCUUGGGGAAUGCGUUCUGUGUAGUCAUCUGUAACGGAAAGUUUGGUGUGAAGCAAAUGAAUAAGGGAUCGUGGUUACCUGAAGAAGAGGAGGAAGAGGAGUUAAAGGGUUUAUCAGAUGACUUCUUUGAUGAUCUCAUGAAUCACAUUGAAGAGGACAUGGAAACGGCGGCCAAUGAUGAUGAUGAGGAGGAGGAGGGAGAUUGGGAUGCCAAGUUCGAAAACCUCGUGCCUCCACCCUUGGAUGUCCUCACCAGCUUCUCCUCUCAGUUCACUACUAGUCACCGUGGCGCUUCCAAGGGAGUCCAGAGGAAGAAGCCUGUCCCCACUUUGAAGCAGUCGAGUUCUUCGGAAGUCUCCUCUACCAUUGAUAGCUGCCUUUAUGAUGUCAAAGUCUCAACGCUAUUUCAGUCUUCAAACGCAGUCUCAGUUCUCGAGAAUGGUUCUGUCUCGUUCCAAAACCCAAUCCAGAGACUGGCUUUCCCAGUGAAAGGCACCAGAAGCAAGCUGCGCAAACGCCCCACACCGCCCACAUUCAGAUCCCUCAAGUCAUUUGCAUCAGAGAUGGUUCAGCAGUUUGCAUCUCCUGAUUAUGAUUCAGGCUCUGAAACUUACCACCUCCCUUCCGACAAUGCCCCCAAGAAGAAACGCCAGAAGAAGAACAACAAGUCAGACUCUGACACUCCAGAAUCAUUCAACGGGGACGGGACAAUCCGCAUGUGCACUCAUUGCGAGGCAACCAAGACGCCACAGUGGAGGGAAGGUCCCUGUGGGCCUAAAACGCUGUGCAAUGCCUGUGGAGUCCGGUUCAGGUCAGGCCGUCUUCUUCCGGAGUACCGUCCAUCGUCCAGCCCCUCCUUCAUCCCAAGCUUGCAUUCCAAUUCUCACAGGAAGAUCAUAGAGAUGAGAAUGAAAGAUAAACCGGGAUGACUUAGAUCCCUGAAGGAUAGAGAUUAUAUGAAGAGAGAUGUAUUCAAUUAUAGUAUUUGAGAAUAUUUGAAGUAACUUUUGAUUUCAAAAGUGUUUUUCUUAGAUGAUUUUAGGUGAAUUAGGAAGUUAUGAUUUUUUUUAAGUAAAACAUUUUAGAAUCUAAUCUAAGAUGAGUUAGUUUUUUCA